UCAAACAACAAAAAGAUGCGUGUUUCGUAAUUUCACGUUUCCCAACCAUUUUUUAUUUGAAUCCAGCGUUGUGUUAUGUCGCAAUCGGCCUACUCAACAGCGACGUGUGAGAGAUUAUUCCUUAUAUUAUAGUUUAAUCGCCAGGUAACCACUUGAUGACUCACUACGUACAAUUUUAACGAAAUAAAUUCUUUCUGAAUUUUUUCAAGUCGUGUUUUUGUUCGCUGUAAGUCGGAUCAUGAAGGAAGAAAGGAGGAGGAGCGACUCAUAAGGCCCUGCAGGCAACAGUUUCGAGAUGCUGCAAUAUAUUGGUUUCUUUUUUCGUUACUAGAUGUCGACAUUAGCCUUAGCCCGAGACCCCGAGUAGCCCUCCUCCAUUCCUCCUUCAUGGUAGUAAAACGUGGUUUUUUCAAGAUUCUGUAACGUUUGUUUACCUUCACAGACGUUGGAUGCUUUCUGUCCUCUCUAGUAUCAAAAGUUUUGUAGAAUAUAACGAUUGAGUCGGUACCGUAUUUUCCUGUAUAAGUGUAUCAAGCUACUGCGUACUGGUUAUUGUGCAGUGCUGUGCCAGAGUGAGACUCCUUGUCUGCCUAGCAGCGUUGAUUCUCACUGUACAUGUUAGUCGACUGAAUCCGGAAUUGUGACCAUAUGUAUAUGGUAUAAUCAUGGGUGAUCGUGAUUCUUUGCCUGCUAACUUGAAAAGUAUGCAACCAUAUCUGGAUAUGGCCACUGAUUACGAAUCCAUGGACCCUUUCAUUAGUUACUGGUGCCGACUGUAUGUUCUAAAGCAAGGAUUUAUCCUGGCAAGAGUAGAAGAUCUUCCAUUUUUGCUCGUUUUAAUGGAACUUUUGGAGAAGAACAAACAAGACCUGCAAUCUAAAAUAGAGACUACUGAUAUACCUGCUGCUCGAGCUCAUCUUCAAGGUGUGGUCCAGAAGUUGUUAAGCUGGGCAGAAAAUGUGCCGCCUUUGUUGUCAUUAACUAAUGUUGUUGCUAAGGCAUUUGAGUCUGCUGGAAUGCUGCUAGAUGUGUGCUCUAUAUUCGGAGAGCCAAAUGAAGGCGAAUUCGAGAAAAAGAAGUUUACCGACCCACAUCAAGCAAAUUUGCACAGCGAAUUCCAAUCAGAGUCGACCACAAAAAAAUCAAACAUUCAUUCCCAAGAUAUUGGCAAGUUAUCAGGUGGAAUUUCCGGAGAACUCCAAAAUGAUGAGGGUGUGGCUGGAGCUGAAAGAAUAUUUAUCAUGUCGAAUGCACCACUCACCAGUGUUUUACCAUCUGGUGUUGACCUGAAUGCAUUCCUCGCUCAACAUAAGGAACUCGAAUUCCUUUCCAAAGUCGAUUCUAUACCAAGGGGUAGCGGCAGUGUUGGCAAGUCCAGCAGCAGUGCUACCCCCGCCAGUCAAGUUAACAUCGAUUUUCAGCACAGCCUGGAGAAGUACUUGAGAGACGCGACCCAAUUGACUACAGAUGACGUCUGUAGCUGGAUUCAGAAACAAUAUGUUGGUGAAGUGAAUCCCGCUUUCAUUCGUGCCUUGGUCACCGCAGUAACCGAGAGUUCUAUUGAAGGACGUGGUACAGACAGUAAACUGAACAACACUGUUUUGAAAAAUCGGACGGAGGUGUUGAGGCGGUACGUUGACAACAUUGCUGAUCGUGAGCUUCAACUGCUUUACGCAGUUCAGACUUUAGUGACCCAGCGACAACACCCCAAAGGUUUAAUUCAAGGUAUCUUCGAGACCCUCUAUGACAGUAAGGUCGUUUCAGAAGAGGGCUUUGAGUCGUGGGUGUCUGCCGACGAUCCUUUGGAACGUGAAGGCAAAGCUGUGGCACUCAAGAUGAUCACAUCUUUUCUGACGUGGCUGAAGGAUGCUGACCCUGAAAGCGAUCAAGAGGCGGAUGAUUUUUGGGACAUUUCCGGAGAACUCCAAAAUAAUGAGACGAAGAAGAAUUUGACAUCUACUGCAAUGGAUGAGGGGGAAAAGCUGACGACACAGUCACCAAAAAAUGCCAUUGAACCAGAAAGGAGAAAGAUCUAUAACCGGCUCUUCCUUUUAGAACUACGAAACCAUCCAUUGUCACUGAAAAGACCGGAAGGUCUGCCCAGUUUGGAAAUUGUUCGGAAUAAGAUGAAACGAGAUAAAAUAAUCGCUGCUGGAAUAUUCAUACAUCAGAAGCAGUCUCAACAAACACCAAACGCUCAUAAUACCGAGAAUAAUACCUAUUGUUUUGAGGAUCUUUCUAAGACUUCGUUGGAAGUGGAUAAAAAAUUAGCCAUGCCAAAUCCUGGCCCACUGCAGGGUAGACAAACUAAGGGAAAUAACCAAUUUUUCGGUCGUCAGAUACGUCCGGGAAAUCAGCACAUGCCUAGACCCCCUAUGGCAGAGGGUACCAUUAAUCCCAAUCACCCACCCAAUGCUCCUCAGGCCUUACCUUACCCUGGGAUGACUCAACCCUUACUUUUCGUCAUUGGAGAUCAAUUCAGCAAGCAAUCGCCCUAUUUAUCGUACCCGGCGAAUCCUCCAGCGUCUUAUCCGCAAUCAGGGAACCUGCCUCCCGGAAAUGUGUCGUUCCAGCAACCACGAGCAGCUCAGCAAACGUAUGGUUACAGACAGACGCCCCCAUACCCGACUUUUCCUAUGAAGAGUACUCCAGCUGUUUUUUACCAAUCAGAGCCUCAACCCCAGCAACCUCAACAACAACCCCAACAGCAGCAGCCCCAACAAACCCAGCAGCCCCAACAGCCACAGCAAGUCCCUGUCGCUCCACCACCGAUUGCCCAACCGCGUGAAAGUUCUGGAUCAUCCCGGAGGGCAAGGUCAAGUAACUUGUGUAUUGUUGACCCCAAUACUAAUAGGGACGUCUUAACCGGUGAGGAAGUGUUGGUCAGUACGUCAGUCGUGGUUACUCCAACCACUACUACGCCUCCAAAUUAGGUUUUGGCGAUCCUUUUUUCGAUCAUCUCCCCCCUCCUGGAUCGCAUGACAUGUUUAUGUAAAAACAUUGUCCAAAAUUACGGUUAGUGGGUUGUGUGAGGCGGAUGAAAACUGUCGAUCAGUUUGAAUAAUCUAAAAAUGUAAGCAAAUGUAAUACCUUGAUGUGUUGUAACAAAGGAAGCGUGUAUCUUAUGUUUAUUUUUCACUUACCCAAUACAGAAAUUUCAAAGUUUGAA